UCUGGGUGCAUGUAUAUAGUCACAUAAUCAUUCUACAUUAUGUUAUGGCAUGGGAUCUAAGUAUAUAGAUGUUGCAGUGUUCAUAAAGUCAUCUACUAUUUAUCAAAUCGACAUAUGAAUUACACAUUUACUAUCUGUUACAAACUCUGCAUGUAUCAUCGCCCCACAAGUGUACUAUUUUGAUGCCUUUCCAUUCCUUUCCAUUCCCAAAUAGUAUGUGUAUACUACAAACACCAUACCCUGAAGUAACAACUCCAUUCUCUGCUACAUUCUGCUAUUGAUAAUACGCACCACUAUUACUACAUCACUAUUACUAUAUUACGUAUGUGCAGUUUGUGUCCAAGGUGAAUGUGGUGUACGACUAGUAUAUAAGGAACACGUACAUGCACACAUACCAGAAACACGUAACCAACCAUUAUAGCAUUAAGCAGCACCAGUAGAGCGAUACAUUGCAUGGUAGCAAUAUGGAUAAGACAAGGAUCUUGACUAGACUACUCUGUGCAGUUGGACUUUGCACACUCAUUUCUGCAGUGUCUGCAUUGGAAUCAUCUCCUAUUCUACUCAUUCCAGGUUUUGGUGGGUCGCAACUGGACGAGAAAAAUGGCAAUUACGAUUACUGCAAUACAGGUGGAAACUACAAGCGAGUCUGGUACGACCUUUUCCUAUGGCGAACACGAAUAUGUUCAAAGGAUCUACAGUUAAGAUACGACAAGUCUAGUAAUACCUAUCAGAACAAAACUGGUAUUGAAGUCCGGGUUCCGGGGUUUGGAGAAACUAAAACAGUGGAAUACUCAGCUAAAUUCACUGUGUUCUCAGUUAAGAGUUACAUGAACAAUCUCGUACAACACUUUGCAAAAUACGGGUAUGAAAGAGGUAUCUCCAUUAGAGCUGCACCUUACGACUGGAGACUGGCUGCAGACGAGCUUGAUAGGACAGGCUAUUUCAAGCAGGUGAAAGGCUUAAUUGAAGAGAUGCGUAAGGCAAAUGGCCAACGGGUGACCAUCGUAGCACACAGUAUGGGGGGACUGGUGUCUCACUACUUUCUCACUGGCUACUCUGGAAUCGACCAAGACUGGAAGAAGAAGCAUAUCAAAGCCUGGAUAACCCUAGGGACACCUUGGGGUGGGGCAGUCGAGACAAUUCAAACAGUGUUAGCAAACGAGAGAACAGCUUCUGAUUGGUGGAAAGUAUUAGUACCAUAUGGCCGUACAUUUGAAAGCACUGCAUGGCUCUUGCCUAAACCUUCAUUAUUUGGAGACAAGGUGUUAGUUGAAACCAAUUCAAGGAAAUACACAGCCAACGAUUACGAGAAGCUGUUUGACCGCAUCAACUAUGAGGAUGGUUAUGCUAUGUUCAAAGGUACGCAGCAAAUUGACAGUGUUACCUACCCUAAUGUCCAGACUUAUUGUUACUACGGUAAAAACUUACAAACCCCAGAGCGACUUACGUAUAAGUUUGGAAUCAUUAACAGUUUGCACAAGAAAAUUAAGGGGGAGGAGGAGGAUCCAAUCAAAAAUGUUAAGCCAAAGAUAACGCACGGAGAUGGUGAUGGAACAGUGAACAUUGAUAGUCUACGAGUCUAUAAUACAGAGUGGUCAGAUAGGAAGGGAUUUGAGAGCAAAGAGUUUGACUCCGCUGAUCACAAAGGCAUUCUGAGUGAUACAGCAGUGCUUGAGGAUAUUGCCAAGAUCGUCGGAGCCCGAUGUUGUGGAAAUAUAGAGCAACUGGAGCAAUUGUUAGAGGCUUUGAACUAAUUUAGCAGCUCUAAACUAAUCUCUAGAAACAUUUGUAGUCAAAUUAUAGCACAAACAUUAGGUACGUGCUUAGAAGAAGCUAUAGGCUGCAUAGAAAUAUUCAUCUAUAAUAAAGAUGAUUUUUGUAAGAGCUGGAUUUCAAUAUUAUACUGGUCAGG